UGUUUCUUAAACGGUGAUAUUGGCCGAAGAUCACUGACUUUAGCCAUGUCGACGACGAUGAGCUCACUCUCCUACCCGGCCCUAUUCCCAAAAUGCCCUCGUCUUCAUCUCAAAUUUCCCCCUAAUGCCCUUCUCUUCCUCCGAAACCCUAGCAAUACCCUCGCCUUUUGCUCUUCUCCAACUCGAAUUCAACUGUCCAAGCCCCAAAUCCAAUACACCCAUAAUCUCUUUGGAUUUGCUGAAAAAAAUUUAGGGGUUUUGCGCCGAAGAAAGUUAGGGUUUUGUGCGAAUGCUGAGAAUGGAGAAGAGAAGAGUAAUGGUAGUGGUUUUGAGGGAAUUGAAGAAGCUAGAAGGCAGAGUACAAUGCCUGAAAGGUUCAGACACUUGACCAAAGAAGCUCCUGACCCUCCUUUAAGGUGGCCUUGGUAUAUAGCACUGGUUUUCCUUGUCUAUGCAUGGAGAACCGUCUUGUGGGAACUAUCUAACUGGAGAAAAGCUGCAUUGGCUGUCGUCUAUUUUGCGGGAUACCUCUUGAAACUUGCUUUGGCCCUUAUCUUCCAUUUCAUUGGCAAUCCAGUCACUUCUCUGAUCAGAUGUGUUGAGACUGCACUUUACACUAUAAGAGCUUUUUACUCAAGCAUAGUGACAUAUGCCCCUGUUCCAGAGCUGACAACGAUCAUCAUACUGGCAUCAGCAGUACUUGCAAUAGCAGAAGCCACAGUUCCAGACUCUGUAAACAGCCAGCCAUAUCUUCUCACGGUAUCCGGCCUAAUUGGCUUUGCAGCCGUGAAAGAUUUCAUCUCUGAGCCAUUCUUCUGGACCCUCCUAGUGGGGUUGUUUGCUUUUGCUCAGCUUGUUAAGAAGAGAGACUAUGUUUCAUCUGCAUUGCCUGUUGCAGCUGUGCUUGCUGCUGUUGGACAACCAUGGCUUAGAGUUGUCGUGAUAGCCUCAUAUACAGCUUUGGCCAUUUCUCACCAUUCAAAGAAGAUCUCAGACGGAAAGGAAGAAGGCGAAGUUGCAGCAACAAGUAGGAGGCUUCCAGUGCCUCUGCUGUGUGUCUCCUUAGCCAUUGGAAUCCAUCUUGCAGCUAAGUGGGCCGGGUACCGGCACUUGACAUGGAUGAUAGUAUGACAAAAACAUCAGCUCUUGAACUAGCUUGCUCAGCAGAAACUUGUCCCAACAAUUCAAUCUCCUUUUUCUCUUUUAGGAUAGGCAACUUCUGCAAUCCCAUAUUUUGUGCAAUGUUGUUUGUUGCUUUACUGUUAUAGACGAGUUCUUGUUGAGAAAUUGAUGUGAAAUUAUAUUCAUCUACCCGUUACCCUUUUGGAUUUUGUAUUUCA